CGGCGCUGACAAACUGCUGACAGAUUAAACUAAUCAGACACCAGAACCGAUAAAAAGAAUAUUUGAAAUGUUUGAUUUGACUCCACAUCGUCUUUGAAAUAUAAAAUACAGCAUUGACGUCGACGCUGAAUCUCUUUGUCUGACUCACGGAGACGAAUGCGCUUCGCUGCGGUGUUUAUUUUGAAAGGCUGCACCGGAUGUGGAGCGCGUCGUGUCGUCAGUCUUGACGGUGCUGGUGGGAAAAGGCGCAGCUAGUAAACAUCACAGGACGCUGAAAAACACCGCGGACAUUAGAGACACCAAACACCGACGUCUUCGAUACACACCUCGGUUGUUAAAGCUCCUGUCGGUGUCGUCCGGGUUCGUGUCGCCGCUCGUGGUUGUCACAGUGACUGUCAGCGUCCAGAAAAAAAAGACUGUCGGGGCGUUAGCCAGCUAGCUAGCUAGCAUAGCCACCUAGCCGUAGCAGCAGCCGCAGCUAGCAUUAGCAUCAGACGACAAAGAUGAUAGCGCUAAUCAACAAACUGUUGGACUGGUUCAAGGCGCUCUUCUGGAAAGAGGAGAUGGAGCUGACCCUGGUGGGGCUGCAGUACUCCGGGAAAACGACCUUCGUCAAUGUGAUAGCGUCGGGCCAGUUCAGUGAAGACAUGAUUCCUACAGUCGGGUUCAACAUGAGGAAGAUCACUAAAGGAAACGUCACCAUCAAGUUGUGGGAUAUCGGCGGUCAGCCUCGGUUCAGGAGCAUGUGGGAGCGUUACUGUCGAGGAGUCAGCGCCAUUGUCUACAUGGUGGACGCAGCAGACCCAGAGAAGAUCGAAGCCUCCAAGAACGAACUCCACAACCUGCUGGACAAACCGCAGCUGCAGGGAAUUCCUGUUUUGGUUCUGGGCAACAAGAGGGACCUACCAGGAGCUCUGGACGAGAAGGAGCUCAUAGAGAGGAUGAACCUGUCGGCCAUCCAGGACAGAGAGAUCUGCUGCUACUCCAUCUCCUGCAAGGAGAAAGACAACAUCGACAUCACUCUUCAGUGGUUGAUCCAACACUCCAGGACUAAGAGGAGUUCCUGAGAACAGACACGCCCCCAACAGAACAGGCCACGCCCAUCUGUCCUACACUCACUCGCUCUCUGAUCAACCUCCCAAACUUUUCUCCCCCCAGCCGUCCCCCCUCCAUCUCCCCCUCCUCACCCUCGUAUUAAACCUCCUCCCCUCCACACUGAUACCUCGUUUUUGUUUUUUAAGUAUUGACAGAAGUCUCAAACUUUCCGACACCAAACCAAAGUCUGCAGACAGACACAUUUAACUUUCAUCAUUUCAUUUCCUUCACCUGGAGUAUCUCAUACCUCUUCUCUUGUUUCUCACAUAAAUGAGAUGUGAUUUUAAACACAGAACUGCUCACGAUCAAUCAGAAAUCAAUGGUCCUUGUACUUUUCUGAUAAUUUCCUCUAUAUUAAUAUUUACAAUGGUAGAAGAACACUUCCACCCAGAAGUGCACCGUGUUUGAGGAGGGAAAGCGAUGACGACUCUGAGGAAAACUCUGCCGUGCAGUCGUGUCGGAGUGAAGCGUUAACGACGGUUCAGAGAAGCCGUGUUUGAUUCAGUAAAUACAAAAUGUCUUCAGUACACCAGCACUCGAGCGCACACCUGAUUCAAACUCCCGCAGGUGAUUUUCCCUGGAAACGGGAGCAGAUUUCUGACACCCAGCUGAACACGAACCUUUUGAACAUGAAAUAAGUGAUGCUAAGGAUUUUGUUUAUAAAGUAGUUAAUGAGUCGUUUCAACCAAGUUACAGAACAGGAACACUUUUAAGAACUGAUGGAUGAUGCAGAUUGUUCAGCGCUGCUCCUCCAUGAUCUGUCUGAAAACCUGCAUGAAUGAAGCCAAAACCUUGAUGGAUAAAAACACAGUUAGAAUUUGUUGUUUGUAGUUUGGGUGAAGUGACUUCGUCGUCUUCAGUCGUGUCAGAGUUUCACACCUGCAACAGAAAAGUGGUAUCAGUGCGUCUGCAGAUCCACAGAACAGCCUCCAUCACCUGAGCGUCUUUCUGUCCACUCGGCAGUCGAACCUUCAGCCAGUCAGCUGAGGCCUGUUCUGUGGAUCACCUUUUUUCCCAUGAUCCUCCUCUCCUCCCCCACCUUCCAUCACCUCAUAGCCAGUAACCACAAAUCUGCCUUCAUCAUUUCCUCCUCUGUUGAUUUCCAUUCCUCCCCUCGUCUACCUCCACAUCUUCCAUCCAUCCAUCCAGACCUCCAUUAUUUCACAUUUAUAUAAUCCUCCCUCGUCUGUUGUGAACUGCUUGUCCUCCUCCUGUUUUCCCUCUAUCCUUCCUUUCUUUUCUUAUUUUUGGAUGUUACCUUUUAUUCUCCCUUUUCCUCGCCGCCAGGCCCCGCCCCUCGUCCUCUCUCUCUCUCUCUCUCUCCCUCUCUUCUGCUGAGCGAGGGAUUAAAAACCUUUUUAUUGCACUGUUGAUUUUGGUUUUGUAAGAUAUUAAUAAUGAGAAUAAUGUUAAUAAUCUUCUUAUUGUGACAUAACCUGGUCUGGCCAGAUUUAAGGAAGUGGUACUUUAACUGGAGAAGGAGAAAUGUUUUUGUCUCUGUUCAUAUCUCUGUAAUAAGCUUUUUAUUUCGUAUUUGUUUUAUAUUGUUAUUUUUUAACGUUGCUUUUGACUUCAUAAGUCUUCUCUGGAUGUGAUUCAGAGUUCAGUGUUUGUUGCUCUGAGACGUCUGCUGACUGGACCGGGAGUGUCACGUGAUCCAACCUUCACAUCAUGUCGAUGUAAUUUGUCACGUUUGACUCAUUGAUAACACCCACAAUAUUAAAUGUUUAUGAAAUCGAUUAAUUUAAAGGUUUUCAUCUAUUUAUUCUCCUCUUUACAAGUCUUCAUGAAGCAUUGAUUCAGGUUUGACAGAAAAGUAUAUUUCAAAUUUGGUUCCUUGUUUUUAUGAGUAAAACUUCACAGCCUCACUAAUAAUAUCUGAUCUUACAGAAAAUAUCCACAUACUGUUUUAAUUACCAGGAGAUGGUGAAUAUCUCCGUCUGGCUGCUUAAAUACUGGAAUAAAAUCUGAAUUUAAUCCUGUGUUUUGCGUGUAUAAAUCUAGAAAUUGGAACCAAAUUCUGUUUUAUUUCUUAAUGUUGAAAAUGCAAAAUUAAUGUGAAAAUGAGAAUUUCACUCUGUCUAUUCUUACUAUUAUUAAAAUAAUCAACCAGCAUCAUUUUCACAUGAAUGAAAAUGAUUUUAUUUUAGUAUUUGCAGCCUCAGACGAUGUUCACCGUGUGAUUUUCUUACGGUACGACGUUCUGAUGAUGUUACACAACAAAUCUACUAUAUUCAUUCAUGUGGUGUAUCAUCAGUUGGUGCUCGUGUAGCCGGUCUAAGUUUACCAGCAGUUUACGCUGAAUGUGAAGGAAUAUAUUAUUUUUUUGUUUGUGUGAACGGCAGCAACACAUUUUCAAGCAUUUAAACCUUUUCUAGUUUCUAGUUUUACUAUUAAAAGAAACAGCAGCAGAGAGCAGCUGACGAACACAGUUUGACAGUUUCAGCUACUAGACAAAAUAUUCAAAUCUGUAAAAUGAUCAAGAGAUUUAUCAGUAAAUCUGGAUUCAAAGUUUAACUUAAAGAUGACUAUCAGCAUUAAGUUCUCGUGAUGUUUCCACACUACUUAUAUUUGCCUGCUUGUUUGAUUUUGUCCGUUCUGUCGUGUUGCUGCGUAUCACGUCUCUGACACGUCCUGGUCCGGACAGCAGCCAGUCAGACCUCAGAACCAACAGGAAAAGGAAGGAUGGUUACCUGUCUGUCGGUUCUGUACUGAGGUUCUUUUGUUUAAGAGUGGUCAAACUGUCAGCAGCUUAUGUGGGAGAUCAUUUCUGUGAGCACACACUCACCUGCUUCACACUGUCGGGCUUCAGGCUUUUUUCUUGUGUUCUCGUGAGAAGUCAUCAGUUUAUCAGCUGAUGACCAAGCAGCUCAUACGUUCUAGUUCAGGUCUGGAUAUAUAUACACUGUUGUCAUGAUAAAACAGCGCAUGUCAUAUUUGAACCCUUCUCACUAAUACGAAUAUAAAACUUGUCAUCACGUUGUCUGAUUUACAGGGCGAGUGGCACCGGUCUGUCGGCUCUUGGUCUUUUCUGUUGUUGAAAUCAUGGCUAGCAUCAUUUCUUUUUCCAUUUCUUGUGAAUUGAUUUGCUCAGUUGAACAGCCAAUCAUAGUGAUUUUUCUCUCAGCGGUGGGCUCUGCCUCCAACUCGACCUGCACAGUCGACCAAAAAGCCGCCAACGAGUGCCAAAGGAGCGAGACAGUGUUUAAGCUAGAGCCACAGACGCAAAGCGAUGCCCAACACUGACUGACCAUCAAGACCAAAAUCUGACCUUUUGUUGUUCUCGCUGUAGUGAUUUCCAGAAGACUCUUGUUAUGAGUGACUCUGUCUUCUUCAGCCCGACAGUGUAAAGCUGCUUUUUAAGACAACAAAGAGCCGAUGUGUCGAUGUGAAGGAGCCGAACUUCCCUGAUUGAACUUGACAUCAACAAGCACAACUCAAACCUGUUGGACGUACAAAGUGUUAAAAUCAACACCUGAAUCUCCUUCAGCCUCGAACGGCUCAGUUUGUUCUGCAGCUGCUCCGGCGAACCAGCAAAGAGUUGUCGUCUCCGUUCUGGUCCACUUGAGAUUUAUUGAUCUGUUGAUCUGCCAGCACAGUGAUUAUUAGUUACGACGCCAUCAGACAGGCCGGCUCGGCAGAGGGAGUAUUCAAGCGUCUGCUGUUUUUGAUAUCCAGCAGAGUUGACAGGAAGUAACAGGAGUUUGAAACAUGUUGUGAUUCCUGUCAGCAGUAGAAACAUCUGUGGAGUCAGAAAGUCACAUUUUGUGCUUUUCUUGUGAUUUAAAUGUAGAAAACAAACUGGGAUCUCUCUGGAGAGCAGGAGGACAGAUUAUAUCUGAACAGCUGUUGUCUGGUAAACAUUUACCUGCCUGCCAGGUGACGGUUACGGCAGAGCGACACCUUCAGAUGGCAGCUGUGGGUGUUAAUCAGGUCAGAUGUGUGAACCUUGAAGUCUCCCCUGCAGCUCUGCUCUGAUCGGCUCUGGUCUCUUCUGUUUGCAUGCUGAGGGCAGGGACUGUAUAUCUGUGGGACCUGAUGAAGUAGACAGUGGUUGGGUGCAACUUUACCAUUAAAUGGCCUUAAUCCAGUGUGUCGACCUGAGUAUUAACCCACAGACGAGUCACGUAAGCACACAACAGUGCAAUAAAACAGAAGUAUGGACGUCGUGCUCUCACAUGCUUCUUCAUGUCUGCGGAGGAUCGCGUGACCGUGUGCUUACAGAAGCUGUUCUGACAGAUGAACACGCUGGAAUAUUGUCAUUGUAAUGUAAAGUUCGGCCAGAUUUUUUUUUAUUUUUUAUUUUUUAUUUUUAUGGCAAAUAAUCUAGUGACGUCUUGUGAUCCUGCACGUACAAACUGUAAACUGCACAGGACGUGAUGUCAAAGUGUGUCAUGAUGAUCCUGUUCAGUUAUUUACUCAGCAAAAACUGGAGAUUUCUACAGAAUCUGGAUCCAAAACAUGACCGAACCCAGACAGAACCAUCAGCACCAGGAGAGCUUAAUAAAUCUGAGUGUUAGUACAGAUGAUGUCAGUGGAAACAGUCCUGUGAAAGGUGACAUGAAUCUCACCUGUAGUGCUGUUAGAUUAAAGCUGAAACAUUAAAGUUUGUUCUUGUUUCAGAGCUUCUGACUGCGUCUCUGCUGGCAUCAAAAUGGAUUUUGCUCAGUAAAGCCUGAAUAUUUAAUGUUUGUCACCUUAUAAAGCCGCCUGGCAGUCAAGUAGCAGUACGAGUUGUAUUAAAUGAAAAUAAAGAAUCAUCUGAGCAUAUUUUAACAGCUGAAAUGUAAAACGUCGUCCUGAGUCUGAUCUAAAUUCUUCGAGUAGAUAAAGUCGAGUAGACUGGUUUGAUUUAGGCAAACCACCUUGAAAAGAAAUUUUAAAGAUGAUAAACUAAUUAGGCCAAUUUUACCAUCAGUCUCAGCUUGAACAAGCAGAAUGAAGUUUUAGUUUGGUGCUCGGUGUGAUGAGCGGCGCUGUGACCUGGUUCUGACUGGACUUGGUCUGGUUUUGUUGCUGACUCUGUAUUUUUGUUGGAGGUGUUUGUUCGUGCCGGGUCGCUCAGUCUGAACCUGUUUGUACAUUAUUGUUUGAUUCAGUUGAUAUAUAAUGUGUUUUAAUAGAAACAUGCUUGUGUAUGAUACUAAUUAAAUACUAUGGAGAAACAACA